GGGCCGGCCCCGCCAUCGCCCGGCAACGGCGGCGGGUCCGGCGGAGUCCCGGAGGCCGGGAUAGGAACUGGGAUAGCAAAGCCGGGCCGGGCCCCAAGAGUGCUAACUUCUCCAGAGAACAUCUCAUGGAUUUUGUGAGUACGAAAGGGGCAAGUGAAUUCUAAUUUAGAAGCCAGGAUGGAGGUCUUAAUGCCUGAACCUCAGAUUUAUGUGGAGAGAACUCUGGCUAUCAUCAAACCAGAUGUCAUUGAUAAAGAAGAAGAAAUAGAGGAUGUCAUUCUCCGAUCAGGAUUCCACAUCCUUCAGAAACGGAAGCUCCAGUUAAGCCCAGAGCAAUGUAGCAACUUCUAUGCAGAACAAUUUGGAAAAAUGUUUUUUCCUAAUUUAACAGCCUAUAUGAGUUCUGGUCCUAUAGUUGCUAUGGUUCUUGCUAGAAAUUGUGCAGUCUCAUACUGGAAGGAAAUGCUUGGACCAUCCAACAGCCUAAGAGCCAGGAUAACUCACCCUCACAGCUUAAGAGCACUCUAUGGCACUGAUGAGCUGAGGAAUGGGCUCCACGGCAGUCUCAGCAUCUCCUCAGCAGAGAAGGAAAUUCGGUUCAUAUUUCCAGAAGCAAUCUUGGAGCCACUUCCCACUGGACAGAGGGCUCGGGAUUACCUGAACCUGUACGUGAAGCCCACGCUGCUGGCAGGGCUCACUGCCCUGUGCAAAGAGAAGCCAGCAGACCCCAUGAUUUGGCUUGCUGACUGGCUAAUUGAACACAAUCCUAACAAACCUAAGCUACAAUAUCGCAUCUCUCAGUAAGAGCAUCAGCAGUGAGAGCUUGGUGGAAACCAUCUCACACAUUCCAAGUUACAGAUGUGUAUUGUCAUUUUUGGUGUGUUCUUUGACUGUAUAACCAACACUGUCUAAAGUAAAUGCAUUUGUCAUAACUGCUUAUGUCCUCAUGGGAUAAAUAACCCUACACUUAGCCAGGAUGUAGUGGUUCUAAUACCUUCUCUACUGACAAAGGGAAUGUAGAAUUACACAAUAAAUUUAUGGCAUUGGGUGAUUAGAAAAAGACAAUGUUCUCAGUGGGUGUGACUUACUGCUGUUGUCCACGUUUUUAUUAGUUUGGCUGUGUGGGAGAAUAAAAUAAUUUACAGCAGUGUGGAUUCCCAAAUGAAAUCCACCUGGUCUGUGCUUUUUGAAGCCAAGGGUUGUGUUUCAGCAAUUUUUUAGCAUAAAUUCAGUUAUGAAGGGAGCUACUUGGAUAUAAUGUAGAAUACAAUUACUGGUACUUGGAUAUAAUGUAGAAUACAAUUUUACAAAAACUUUGGAAUUUUAAUUGCUGAUUACAUCACCCAGCUAAGGUUGUCCUUGAAGAUGAUUCACUUAAGUCUGAUGUAUUUUGUCAGAAUGUAAUCUGAAGGAUUUAUUUGAAGGUACAUUCAAUGCACCUUUCCCAUCUCCUUGGCAAAGGGCUCAGGGACUAUAAAUAACAGGAAGAUGUAUUUUAGUCAUGGACUAAGGUUGUCUUCCAACAUUUUUUUGCAAUAAAGGUGCUUAAUUGGAACAGCUCACCUUAAGAGUGUUUUCUGUGUUCUCCUGCUCCUAAACUUACACAAUUUUCUGUUUUCCUCAAACUUUCAUGUGUUCUGUUGAAGAAUUUCACAAGAGUGCUCUUCCACAGGCAAUGGGUUAAUCCCAUGCUAUUUCCUUUAUGAAGUAACUAAACUGUUUUU